UAAAUACAAAGCGAAGCCGGUUUGACAGAGGGACAGAACGUUCAUUGUCCACAAAGGAGCGAGGAACACUCUGACGUGUCUUUUCUUUUUUCUUUUUCUUUUUAUUAUUUUUUGUUGUAACGCUGAAGACCACGAGAGUCAGACUCCACCGAAGAGGAGCUUGGACGGCAUGCAAAAUUGUGAAAUUUCCUCAGACAGCACUGAUGAUCCUCUUAGUAGCGGCCUUCAUACUCAUCGGCAGCCUCGAAUAGUAGUGAUCGGCGCUGGCUUGGCCGGCCUUGCCGCAACAAGGGUCCUGCUAAAAAACGGCUUCACGGAUGUCACUGUCCUAGAGGCGUCAGACCACAUCGGCGGGAGAGUUCAGAGCGUUCAGCACGGAAAAGCAACUUUGGAGCUUGGAGCUACGUGGAUCCAUGGUGCCAACGGGAACCCGGUUUACCACCUGGCAGAGGAAAAUGGGCUACUGGAGCACACCACGGAUGGAGAGAGGAGCGUGGGACGCAUCAGCCUGUACACCAAGAACGGCGUGGCCCACUACCAGACCAAUGUGGGCAAAAGGAUCCCCAAGGACUUGGUGGAGGAGUUCAGUGAUGUGUACAAUGAGGUGUACGAGCUGACUCAGGAGUUUUUCCAAAGCGGGAAGCCUGUUUGUGCCGAGAGCCAGAACAGCGUUGGCGUUUUUACACGAGACUUGGUGCACAAGAGGAUCACGUUGGAUCCAGAUGAUUCUGAAAACAUCAAGAAGCUCAAGCUGUCAAUGCUUCAGCAGUACCUCAAGGUGGAGAGUUGUGAGAGCAGCUCCCCCAGCAUGGAUGAGGUGUCUUUGAGCGAGUUUGGAGAGUGGACAGAGAUACCUGGAGCCCAUUAUGUCAUUCCUGAAGGUUUUAUGAAGAUUGUCGACCUCCUGGCCCAGGACAUCCCGUCCCACACCAUCAGCCUUUGCAAACCGGUCCGCAGCAUCCACUGGAACUACUCGGCCCAUCACCGAGAGGUCAUUGCCAAGAGCAGCGACACCAAGCAGGUCGGCAACCAUAAUGACAACAACCACAGUGGCCAACCGCAUGAGGACCCUCUGCUCCCGGGUCACCCCAUCUGUGUGGAGUGUGAGGACGAGGAGUGGAUCACUGCCGACCACGUCAUCGUGACAGCUUCGCUCGGCGUCCUGAAGCAGAACCACUCGGCCAUGUUCUCCCCACCUCUUCCCGAAGACAAGGUGCUCGCCAUCGAGAAGCUGGGCAUCAGCACCACCGACAAGAUAUUCCUCGAGUUCGAGGAGCCCUUCUGGAGCCCAGAGUGCAACAGCAUACAAUUUGUGUGGGAGGACGAGGCUCAGCUGGAACAGCUGGCCUACCCCGAGGAGCUGUGGUACAAAAAGAUCUGCAGCUUCGACGUCCUCUACCCGCCCGAGCGCUACGGCUACAUGCUGAGCGGUUGGAUCUGUGGCCAGGAGGCGCUCUACAUGGAGCGCUGCGAUGACGAAACGGUGGCUGAAACCUGCACCGAGCUGCUCAGGCGCUUUACAGGGAACCCUGACAUUCCAAAACCCAGGCGUAUCCUGCGCUCGUCGUGGGGCAGCAAUCCUUACAUCCGAGGCUCCUACUCCUUCACCAGAGUCGGGUCCAGCGGUGCGGACUGUGAAAGGCUGGCCAUGCCGCUGCCUUAUGCCAACAGCACCAAGGCUCCACCUCUGCAGGUCCUGUUUGCUGGAGAGUCCACCCACAGGAAGUACUAUUCUACAACCCACGGUGCUUUGCUCUCAGGGCAGAGAGAGGCCACUCGCCUCACAGACAUGUACCAGGACUUACACGCAGCGCAAACCACAAAGCCUAAAAUGUAACAAAGAUCAAACCUCUGACUAGUGAAAAAAAUGAAUAAAUAAAACUUUGAGCUAAAUAAAACUAUGUCUUUCUGAUUAAGGUGUACUUAAAAAGCAUAGCUUGGGCAUUUUCACUCUGAUAACUAAUGAAUAUUGUUUAACUGUACUGUAGAUCUGAAUCAUGCRAAUUUUUUGAGAUGUCAAAACGUUGCCAAUGGUGCUGUUAUUUCUUGUCUUUGUCAUUCUGUCAUCCUKUUUGUUUGUUUUUUAUCAAUAAGGUCAUGUUUAUAGCAGCAUCUGUAAUUUACCUUGUUUUUGUAAAGUGCCUUCUGUAUGUAAUGUCAUGUUACCUAAAAAAUAUUGGGAAUACUAAACAAAAAUUGUAAAGAUUUUAACAAAAUAAAAGUUUUAUGAUCAUGAAA